UAAUCCGCCGUCGAGUCACUGUUGCGCGCCCUCACCACUGUGUACGAGGGUACGAAAUUGCAGGUACUAUUGUUCUGUGUAGAUGUCUCAGAUCUCAGGUGGUAAGAGUCAACCGGUGGCUUUUUUUUUUUUUCCUUCCUUCUUUUUGAUUUUUUCCGACAUGGAUCGGACAUGGGGUGUUUGCGAUGGCACGGUACUUGGAUUCGUCGUUGGAAUCGGCGCCUCGAGAUUCUCCGGGGUGCACACACACACACACGUACGGGCACUCGGCCAUUCGGCCAUCCACGGCUGCUUCGCGCACUGCUGCUGCUGGCUGCUACAUACUUAGCUACUGCUCUGGAUAUUACCUAUCCUAUACUAUAUCAGCACGCUUCUGAUCCAUGUCGAUGUAUUUCUAGCAUCGGCAGUGCAUUGCGUACGUUACCUACGGGCGCGGCAUCGGCUGCUGGCCUCGAGACCAUUCUUUCCUCCACCCGAGCAAUCCCUCUCCUGCUUAUGUACCGUCCAUGUACUGUCAUGCGCCUGUCGGCCUGUCUGUCCAGUGUCAGCCCGUGUCAGUCAGCUAAUCUAACCUCGACCUCUGCGUCACUCCAAAUAUCAUCACAUCGUGGCUUCAUAAAACAGCAACCCCCGCCCUUCUCUAUUUCAGAUGCAACGCUGUUGUGCACAAGGAGCCUCAAGUGCAGUGAACCUGGGCAUGGAACUAUCGAACCUCGAUGUAGACUGUCCCAACACAUCGGUUCAUGGGGUCCGGCUACAUUCCGACUUGGAUAAGCUUGGUUCUACCAAUACCUGCUCAUCUCUUCAUCACACUCCCUCCACCUCGCCACAUCGUGAUAUGUACUGCCAGUGGCUUAUUCAACUCCUGUUCUGCCGUAGCUCAAUUGUCGACUUCUCCAGGUUCUGUUGCCAGUAUUGCUGCUUCGUGUGCGAAUCUUGUCCAAUUCAUCAUCGGCGCAACACAGUAAACCGUCUCGUUGCCCCCGACUCGCCAUUUACAUAUCAGGUCAAACAAUCCCGCAGUGCACUGAUAGACUGGUCUCUGAUGACAAGACUCGUUUCGUGUAGCACUGAUUGGUCCCCAGUCUCCGUUGUUCACGCGAGUAGAGUCACGUACCAAGGCAUCCAAAUGUCGAAUCCGUCUAGCCUACGGAUAUCGAUGAUACAUGCAAGCUCCCAGUCUGCAUCUUUUGUACACGGUGUCUACGGG